GAUUAUAAGCUGUUGGUUUGUUCAUCGGUGCUGCACAAGGAGAAUAGAAAUAAGCUGGUUUUGGGCUGCCCCUUCCCAGGCCGGCUUUGUUGGGGUGGGGAGCCAUUUUGUGGUGUUUUGCUUUCCUGUCCUACAAGGAUCACCUAGGAGACAUCUUGUGGGAGGAGUGGCUACUUCUCACACCAGUGGAAAGACUUGGGGAUAUGGAGGAACGCCAUCAUGCAAAGAAGCUGAGGUUGGACUGGCUCCGUGUGUCCUCCUGAUAUUACCUAAGUACUGCAGGGAAAAAAGUUGCUACCGCGUCUUCUACACCACCACUGGAAGGUGCCUUGGAAAGGUCCUCCAAGACACGUGAGUUGCACAAGGUGUUGUGUGGGCACAAGCAUUUUGCGUCAUCGCCAGCAGCUAAGGGUGGCCAUGUGUCCACAGGAAGAGUUGAGCCUUCAGUCCCAAGUCCAGACCCAUUUUUUGUGGUUGGGUUGUGUGAAUGCAUCAGUACCUCUUGAAGGCUUGCUUUCAUCCCACUCCGUGUGUUGCAAUAUGUAUUCUGUGGCUGAUAGGGAAGAGGUCGUGCAUCGUUCCGAGCAUCGUUAUGAGCCAGGCUUGUGUAUUGAACAUCUGUGUGUAUCCAUGCAGGGGUGACUCAGCUCUCCAUUUCCUGCAUUCCCUGGAAAUCUGCUGAGAUUUGCUGAGGAUGCAUUCCGGAAGGCAUAACAGCCAAUUUUCAGUGGAUAGCUUCCCAUUGCAUAUUGGUUUCAUUCUUCUAUCUUUCCCUCAUUAUUCUUUUAAAGCAUACAUUUAAUGAUAAGGGCCUCAGGUCAGUGUUUCCCAGGCUGUGUCCUCCAGUUGUAUUGGACUACAGUUCCCAGCAUGCCUCAACCAGCAAUAAACAGGUACGGGGGCAGCAGCUGGGAAAAGCUGCCUUGACACUCCCCCGAAACAUACCCGCUGACGCUCAGUGACGCAGCUGCAUUUCUGCUCCCUCUCUCCUGCAUUCGGUCUUGUUGUUCACUGAGCAAGCAAAUGGGUCAAAUAAAUAAAUAAACGAAUGAGUGCCACUCUUGAGUGAUUAAGCCGCCAAAUAACCGCCGCUAAUUGAUUACUUUGCAACAGCGUGUACGCUCAUCGCGCCUUGGCUGAACUGGAAAUAUUGCUUUGCUGAUGGACUUGCAUGUCUGAUGUGUGAUUAUUAUUUUCAGAACCGGCUUCGACGCUUGACAAACCCUGUAAUCUCCCAGCACAAAGGGCCACCUGCACGCCGACGUGCUUCGUCGCCUCCGACUUGCUCGUGCAAUAACGUUUUUCAUGCUGCUGUCAGCCGUCUGCGUGAUGCUGAACUUGGCCGGUUCCAUUCUCUCCUGUCAGAAUGCUCAGCUGGUGAACUCCUUGGAAGGGUGUCAGCUGAUCAAAUUUGACAGCGACAGCGUCUGCGUCUGCUGUGAGCUACAACAUCAGACCUCUGGCUGCAGCCUUGGUGAAAUGCUGAAACUCAACCCUCUACAAGGAUGCAACGUGGUCAGGCUGACCCUAAAGGACCUGUUGUUCAGCGUGUGCGCGCUCAAUAUUAUCUCCACCAUUGUCUGUGCGCUGGCGACCGCGAUGUGCUGCAUGCAGAUGGUCUCCUCUGACGUGCUGCAAAUGUUCCUUCCACAGAGGUCUCACUCCACCAACCCAGACUGCAUGACGCCCCAUGGUACUAUCCUCCAUCAGACCUUGGAUUUUGACGAGUUCAUCCCACCAAUCCCACCUCCGCCCUACUAUCCGCCUGAAUAUACCUGCACUCCCAUGAUAGAAGCUCAAAGAGGGCUCCAUCUGGACUUUCCUCACUCACCCUUCAGUGCUUUAUACGAGGUAACCAUCAACAGCCCUGGGAUGCUGUAUCCAACUGAGCUGCCUCCCCCAUAUGAAGCAGUGAUUGGACAAGCUGCAGCCAAUCAGGUUACCACCGCAGACCGAGAAGUCACAGAGGCCAGCCUGAGCGAGAGGGGCACCGCAGCGGCCUUCGGCAAUCCAGCCUUGGUUGAGACCAGUUCUGACGUAGUUCCAGAACCCGCUGAGCUUUCUGAGCAUCAUGCCUUCUCCUCGGAGGAUCUUUGUUCCCUGGAAGUCCAGCAGCCCCUCUUCUCUUCGGACUUGUCUCCAUACAGCGCAGCAGCUCACAAAGGAGGCACAAACCGGAGUCACUCCAGCUUGGACUACAGCAUCCACUAUGGGGUGCACAGGACCCGUUCUCCGUGUUCCCCAGACAACGAGGUCAACAAUGCCAGCCAGAGCUUUGGUGAUGGGCGUCAUGGACAGGACUUCGGGAACUGUUCCCACAGCCGCUCCCCGAACUGCUCUUCGGAGAACUUCGGCAGCUCGGAGAGAGCCUCGCAAGGCUCGGCCAGAGAGCGCAAAGCCACGCCUCCGCCAAAGCCACGGAAAACAUGCUGUGCCGUUUUCAGCCAGGCCGUCCUCCCGCAGACUUGCCGGUCCCAUUGCUCAGUGCCUGUAAGCAGCUCGCCCCACAGCUGCCCCGAGGGGAUGGCCCAGCCCCACACGAGGAAAGGAAGGAUGUCCGGUAUCGUCCGAUCCACUAGUGACCCCCUCUCGUGUUCGUCCACCACGGAAGUUCCUCUGUCUGGUCCUCAUGUGGCUGCCUCUACUUGCCAGGACCCCAGACGCCACCCCUCGCCAGCCAGGAAGCCGAGGGACCCCCCAAAAGCUGAGCUCUCCCGGAAGCCGAAGGCCGUACACGACACCUGCCAAGAGCAGCCCCACUCGCUGGUGGACCUGCAGGCCUACAAGGACACCAAGUUCCUGGUGGGCAAGUUCCUGGAGCACUCCAACUGCAACCUGCCCCCGGAGGUGCGGCACGUGGUGAACAGCAUCCGGUCGGUCAUCAAGUCCGACGAGCGGCACAUGGAGGAGGCCAUCUUCAGUGCGAGCAUCAUCGACCAGGUGAUCACAAGCUCCCAGCAGAAUGUGGAUACUUCAAGGAAGCGGCUCCUGGAAGACCUCCACCUGCAAAGCUGUGGGGCACUCAGCUCCCCCGUUGCCUUCUUAUGCAGGGCCCACAUCAGCCGCAGCUUAGAGAGGGAAAGGCCCCACAGUUUUAUUGGAGUCUGCCGAGAGACCAUCCUUUGACAAUGAGCUGUAGCUCCACCAAGGGAUGAACAAGAGACCUCGAAGGACCAGGCAGCUCAUGAGACUCACUCGCCAGUGUGUGGCUUUAAAACGGCCAAAGGAAAUCCAGCAGUCUCAGGAGUCUUCCUUUGGAGGUUCCUGUCUGGAUGUUGACUUUCAGUGGCUGGACACCCCGAUUUCCAUGAAAGCAUAUUCAAGGGACACCUUUUUGCAAGAAAAAUGGGGGCCCAAGCAAGCAAAGACCCCAAAGCAACGAACAAACUUGUGACUCUUUUUACCAUUGCAAGGAAUCUGUUUUUUAACGUUCUGAAGGUUCUGCUUGGGGAGGAGAACUGGGGAAAGACCACCCCGUUGCUGAGUGGCAGCGAUGCUCCCAUACAACGAAGAAGUGGUGUUUUAUUCACAGUACCUCAAAAGUGUUUUAACUAAUUCUGGACAGUGUUUUAAUAAUUAUAAUAAUUAUAAUAAUAAUAAUAAACAUAUUUCUGGGC